AUGGGAUCACUUCCUGAGACAUCCAACGCUGUGCGUGUCCUUAUUCUUGGAGGUUGCUAUGGUGGUCUAUCUGCCGCCGUCAACCUGUUGGAUCUGAGUCAGGGUUACUCUCCCCGCAUGAACUCUGAGCCUUACACUCACCACCCCAACCUGCCUACCUUCAACAUCGAGAUUACCAUUGUUGAUGAACGAGAUGGAUACUACCACCUGAUCGGUUCUCCCAUGGCCCUUGCCGACUCUGCCUACUCUAAGAAGAACUGGGUCAAGUACUCUGACAUCCCAGGUCUCAAGGACCCGAGCAUAAACAUUAUCCAAGGCUCAGUCACUAGUGUUGACCCUGCUACCAAGAGAGCUACUGUAUCAGCGCAUCUUACUCAAGAGAAAAGCACUUUAGAGUACGACUACCUUGUGGCCGCCACUGGUCUGCGCCGUGUCUGGCCUGUUGUGCCACAGUCUCUUACCCGAAAACAAUAUCUACUCGAAGCCGAAAACCACAUAAACGCAGUUGACAAUGCGAAGCACGGUGUCGUUGUGGUCGGUGGAGGCGCUGUCGGCAUUGAGAUGGCCGCUGAACUCAAGAUGGUCAAGCCUCAUCUCAACGUUACUCUUGUUCACUCUCGUGAUAAGCUUCUCUCAUCCGAGGGUCUUCCUGACGAGACCAAGGACGUUGCUCUUAAGCUGCUCCGUGAGAGUGGUGUUGAAGUUCUUAUGAACCACCGCCUGGCUUCUAAGAACAAGGUAGAGACGGCCGAUGGCAGCGAAAAGUAUGAUGUUGAGUUCACCAACGGCCACAAGAUGGCUGCCAGCGUGGUCAUCAUGGCCAUCUCUAGAAGCGUUCCCACAUCUACAUAUCUUCCUACAUCAGCGCUUGACGAGGAUGGGUAUGUCAAGAUCAAGCCCAGUCUACAAUUAGAGGAAGGUACACCAAAUGCUGAGUUCCACUAUGCGGCUGGUGACAUCACCAAGUGGCCUGGCAUUAAGCGAUGUGGCGGAGCUAUGCACCACGGCCAUUACGUAGCACAAAACAUUCACCAGAGUAUCCUCAGCCACCGAGCUGGUCACGUUCCCUCAUAUAAGGAAAUUGCAGUAUACCCUCCUGUUAUCGGUCUGGCUGUCGGCAAGAAGGCUGUUGCCUCUAGUCCUGAUUCCGGUACCGUAGCUGGUGAGGAUGUUCUCCAGUCUUGCUUCCGAGAUGAUCUAGGAUGGACAAUUUGCUGGAACUAUAUGCAGCUUGGCGGCCGCAAGACUGAUGAGGCUAAGGCUUAA